AUGAGUAAAGCGCUCAACCAAAUUUCCAGGUCGCCUUUUACACAAAGAGUGGAGGAAGGGAUGCUUCCUCAGCGGUUCUCCCAGCCCACGUUCACCAUGUAUAAUGGUCGAACAGACCCUGUGGAGCACAUGAGCCACUUCAACCAGAGGAUGGCUGUGCACUCCAAGAAUGAGACCUUGAUGUGCAAAGUGUUCCCCUCGAGCUUGGGGCCAGUGGCGAUAAGGUGGUUUGAUGGAUUAGCUGCAGGUUCAAUUGAUUCUUUUAGAGAGCUCACCCAGGCCUUUGGGUUCCGCUUCAUCACAUGCAGUAGGGUCCCUCUGCCCUUGGACUCCUUGUUGUCCAUGUCCAUGUGGAAAGGGGAGAUCCUGAAAACGUAUUCAGAUAGAUACUGGGAGAUGUUCAAUGAGAUUGAUGGUGACUUUGAUGAUGUGGCCAUCAGGACCUUCAAGGUCGGCCUACCUACUGAGCAUGGUUUGAGGAAGUCCUUGACUGGGAAGCCUGCUACCAGUGUACACAAGCUCAUGGAACGGAUAGAUAAGAAUAAAAGGGUUGAUCAAGACCAACAGCAAGACAAGGGAAAGGGUAAGGUUAUCCCUCACAAGAGGAGGGAUUUUAGGUCGGAUUGCUACAAUAAUAACAGACCUCGAAGAGAUUUUGCUGGGCAGUCGAGGCACAUAGCUCCUCAAGGGGUUAACACCGUGUUCCGAGAACUAGUGUACCAAGUUUUAGAGAAGAUCAAGAACAAGCCAUACUUCAAAUGGCUAAACAAGAUGAGUGGAGACCCCUCGAGGCGUAAUCAGAGCCUUCAUUUCCAAUACCACCAAGAGAUGAGGCAUACCACUUAA